CUUAGUCUCGUCGCGACACUCGAUCGGGUUAGAACGAAGAUCUUAACGGUCGUAUUGAUAGUUGUGUGCAGUGAUUUUUUUAAGGAAGUGUAUUAAGCCAAGCAUCGGCUACUGCUCUAAUCAGUCAUGUGGAUCCUUAAAUUUGUGAUAUUUGCUGCACUGAUCGUGCACAGUGUGCAUCCCCAAGCCCAGUCCUGCUACACGCCCAACGGCACCAUCGGGGUGUGUCAAUCCCUGCAAAACUGCCCCUCGCUGGUCCGACUGUACCAGAAUGAUCGUUCCCGCCAGACGGUCAACUUUCUAGUUGCGUCCCAGCGAAGCUGCGGAAACCGCGUGUUCGCUGGAUAUCCGGUACUCUGCUGCACCGACGGAGUCCAGUAUGAUCCGCUUCCGAGCUCGAGUUCGCCGUUUAUUGAGGUGCCAACCACAACGUCAACAACGACGACAACCACCACCACGACAACUCCUCGGCCGGUGACGACAGUGGCACCGGUCACGGCAGGUCCACGCCAGGCAGAUUGUAUCGGUCCGGACAGCAGGGAAGGGUACUGCAUUAGUUUGCGAAGCUGUCCGUCCCUGCUGGGUGAGUUCCUCCAGCGCCAGAAAGAUCCCCAGUACGUUCGGUUCAUCCAGCAGUCGAACGCCAUCUGUAACUACAUUCAGCCGAAUGUGUGCUGUCCGCUGGAUGUGCAGGCACCUCCGGCUACCCCUCCGCCGACGGUUGCGCCACCACCGGCACCAGCCACCGAGGGACCGUCUCUGUCGAAAAACGCCGAUAUCGUCUCGCUGCCGACGCCGGCCGAGGGGUGUGGCUUCAGCAAGGUCGAGCACAAUCGCGUCGUCGGGGGUGUUCCUGCCGCGCUGCACGGAUGGCCUUGGAUGGCCCUGAUUGGGUACAAGAACACGCUGGGCGAAGUUUCGUUCAAGUGCGGAGGAUCGCUCAUUACCAAGCGACACAUUUUGACGGCAGCCCACUGCAUUCGCAAAGAUCUCUCCUCGGUGCGAUUGGGCGAACACGACACCUCGACUGAUACGGAGACUCAGCACAUCGAUAUCCCCGUGGUGAAGAUUGAAACUCACCCUCAGUAUGACAAGAAGGAUGGACACUCCGACAUGGCCAUUCUUUAUCUCGGGGAAGACGUUGCUUUCAAUGAUGCCGUUCGUCCAAUUUGCCUUCCACUAAGCGACCCCAUCCGGACGCGAAACUUCAUCGGUUACACGCCGUUCGUUGCGGGCUGGGGCCGCACCCAGGAGGGUGGCAAAUCGGCCAACGUGCUGCAGGAGCUCCAGAUCCCAAUCAUCUCAAACGACGAUUGUCGCGGACUCUACGCCAAGAUCGGAAAGUCCUUUUCGGCGAAACAGUUUGAUGAUGCCGUUAUGUGCGCAGGCGUACUGGAGGGCGGCAAGGACUCUUGCCAGGGCGAUAGCGGAGGUCCGUUGAUGCUGCCGCAGCGCGAUGGAACCGAGUUCUACUACUACCAGGUCGGAGUGGUGUCGUACGGAAUUGGAUGUGCUCGCGCCGAGGUGCCCGGUGUUUAUACUAGGGUGUCGCAGUUUGUCGAGUGGGUCAAGGAGAAAGUCAGCGAACCGGUGUAAGGAGUGGGGAUUUCGAAAUUUACUCAUGCGUUUUUUGUUAAUAAAACACUGUUUUGUACAACUUUCUUAA